AUGGCUUUUGUGUCACAAAUAGAGCCUAAGACUAUAGAAGAAGCUAUCGUAGAUGAACAUUGGCUAGUUUCUAUGCAAGAAGAAGUAAAUCAAUUUAAAAGAAAUGAUGUAUGCAACUUAGUUCCUUUGCGAAGUGAUCAUCAUAUAAUAGGUGCUAAGUCGGUUUUUAGAAAUAAGCUUGAUGAAUCUAGAAUCAUUAUUAGAGACAAGUCUAAGCUAGUUGCUAAGGGUUAUAAUCAAGAAGAAGGUAUUGAUUAUGAUGAGAUUUAUGCCCCGAUAACAAGAAUAAAAGCUAUAAGAUUGCUAUUAGCCUAUGCAUCAAUAAUGGAUUUUAAGCCUUAUCAAAUGGAUGACAUAGUAUUUGGAGCUACUAAUCCCACUGUGUCAAGAAUUUGCUAA